GUUCUUGUCUUCCAGUUGGGGCUGUACUAACACCAUUACUGGUUUGCCACUCUUAGAGUGUCCCCUUCUCGCAGUAUCUGUGCUUGCCCAUCAGACACUAUGAGGAGAUUGGCUUUUCGAGGUGCUGGUUCUACUCUGGUAAAUCUGAAGAAGUUGGAUUCCAUGGGUUCCAAGAGGCGAAGAGCUACCUCUCCUUCCAGCAGCGUCAGCGGCGGAGACUUCGACGAUGCUCAUCACUCCACCAAUAUUCCAGGCCCAAGCAGGAAGAGGAGGAGACUUUCCAAUCUCCCAACUGUAGAUCCUAUUGCUGUCUGCCAUGAGCUCUACAACACCAUCAGAGACUACAAAGAUGAGCAGGGCAGGCUCCUUUGUGAGCUCUUCAUCAGGGCACCCAAGAGAAGAAAUCAGCCAGAUUAUUAUGAAGUGGUUUCUCAGCCAAUUGAUUUAAUGAAAAUCCAACAAAAGCUGAAGAUGGAGGAAUAUGAUGAUGUGAAUGUGCUGACUGCUGAUUUCCAGCUUCUCUUUAACAAUGCAAAGGCUUACUAUAAGCCAGAUUCUCCUGAAUAUAAAGCUGCCUGCAAACUAUGGGAGCUGUAUUUGCGCACAAAAAAUGAAUUUGUUCAGAAAGGUGAUGCUGAGGAGGAUGAUGAUGAUGAGGAAGGGCAUGACAAUCAAGCAAAUUCUGAAUUAUCAUCUCCAGGUUACCUGAAGGAAAUUCUGGAACAGCUUCUUGAAGCUGUAGCUGUUGCCACAAACCCCUCAGGACGCCUCAUAAGUGAACUGUUUCAGAAACUUCCUUCUAAAGUGCAAUAUCCAGAUUAUUAUGCAAUAAUAAAGGAACCCAUAGAUCUUAAAACUAUUGCCCAAAGGAUACAGAAUGGAACUUACAAAAGCAUUCAUGCCAUGGCCAAGGACAUAGAUCUUCUGGCAAAGAAUGCCAAAACCUACAAUGAGCCUGGAUCCCAAGUAUUCAAGGAUGCAAAUGCAAUUAAAAAGAUAUUUAAUAUGAAAAAGGCUGAGAUUGAACACAGUGAGUUGGCCAAGUCAAGUCUCCGAAUCAGGACUGCAUCAAAUUUGGCUGCUUCCAAGCUGACAGGUCCUUCCUCACAGGGUAAAGGCAGUGUUGGGGAUGAGAGAAAUUCUUCUAACAAAUAUUACCGUAACAAAAGAUCAGCCCAAGGGGAUCGUUUAUCAGCAAUAACCAUGGCAUUGCAAUAUGGAUCAGAAAGCGAUGAGGAUGCAGCUUUGGCUGCUGCUGCUCGUUAUGAAGAGGGGGAGUCUGAAGCUGAGAGCAUUACCUCCUUCAUGGACACUUCUAAUCCUCUUUACCAGCUUUAUGACACAGUUAGAAGUUGCCGAAAUAACCAGGGCCAGCUCAUCUCAGAACCUUUUUUCCACUUGCCCUCCAAGAAAAAGUAUCCUGAUUAUUAUCAGCAGAUUAAAACACCCAUUUCAUUGCAGCAGAUCAGAACCAAGCUGAAGAAUCAUGAGUAUGAAACUUUAGACCAGUUGGAGGCUGAUCUGAAUUUGAUGUUUGAAAAUGCCAAGCGCUACAAUGUCCCCAAUUCUGCCAUCUAUAAAAGAGUGCUGAAAAUGCAGCAGGUCAUGCAGGCAAAGAAGAAGGAGCUUGCUAGGAGAGAUGACAUUGAGGAUGGGGACAGCAUGAUUUCUUCUGCUACAUCUGAUACUGGAAGCUCAAAAAGGAAAAGUAAAAAGAACAUACGGAAGCAGCGGAUGAAGAUCUUGUACAAUGCUGUUCUGGAAGCUCGAGAGCCCGGCACAGGCAGGAGGCUCUGUGAUCUGUUCAUGGUUAAACCAUCCAAAAAGGACUAUCCAGACUAUUACAAAAUCAUCCUGGAGCCAAUGGACUUGAAGAUGAUCGAGCACAACAUCCGCAAUGACAAGUACGUGGCAGAGGAGGCCAUGAUUGAGGACAUGAAGCUCAUGUUCCGCAACGCCAGGCACUACAAUGAGGAGGGCUCCCAGGUGUACAAUGAUGCCCAUAUGCUGGAAAAGAUCCUUAAAGAAAAAAGGAAAGAGCUGGGACCCUUGGCUGAAGAUGAUGAUGUUGCAUCCCCUAAACUAAAGCUAAGUAGGAAGAGUGGCAUUUCUCCCAAGAAGUCCAAGUACAUGACUCCGAUGCAGCAGAAGCUGAACGAGGUGUACGAGGCGGUGAAGAACUACACGGACAAGCGCGGGCGGCGGCUGAGCGCCAUCUUCCUGCGGCUGCCGUCCCGCUCCGAGCUCCCCGACUACUACGUCACCAUCAAGAAACCCGUGGACAUGGAGAAGAUCAGGAGCCACAUGAUGGCAAAUAAAUACCAGGACAUCGACUCCAUGGUGGAGGACUUUGUCAUGAUGUUCAAUAAUGCUUGCACGUACAAUGAGCCGGAGUCUUUGAUUUAUAAAGAUGCCUUGGUCCUCCACAAGGUUUUGCUUGAAACUCGGAGAGAAAUAGAAGGAGAUGAGGAUUCUCAUGUACCCAAUGUCACUUUGCUGAUUCAGGAACUUAUCCAUAACCUCUUUGUAUCUGUUAUGAGCCACCAGGAUGAUGAGGGCAGAUGCUACAGCGACUCCUUAGCUGAGAUUCCUGCUGUUGAUCCCAACUUCCCAAAUAAACCUCCUCUGACUUUUGAUAUUAUCCGAAAAAAUGUUGAAAAUAAUCGCUACAGAAGAUUGGACUUGUUCCAGGAGAACAUGUUUGAGGUACUGGAGAGAGCACGGAGAAUGAACAGGACUGAUUCAGAGAUCUAUGAGGAUGCAGUGGAACUUCAGCAGUUCUUCAUUAAAAUUCGAGAUGAACUGUGUAAAAAUGGAGAGAUUCUGCUGUCACCUGCUCUCAGCUACACCACCAAGCAUCUUCACAAUGAUGUAGAAAAGGAAAAGAAGGAAAAGCUGCCCAAAGAAAUAGAAGAGGAUAAGCUCAAAAGGGAGGAGGAGAAGAGAGAAGCUGAAAAGAGCGAAGAUUCCUCUGGAUCAGCUGGGCUGUCAAGUUUGCAUCGGACCUACAGCCAGGACUGCAGCUUCAAGAACAGCAUGUACCAUGUGGGGGAUUAUGUGUAUGUGGAGCCUGCAGAGGCCAACCUGCAGCCUCACAUUGUCUGCAUUGAGAGGCUGUGGGAAGAUUCAGCUGGAGAGAAGUGGCUCUAUGGCUGCUGGUUUUAUCGACCAAAUGAAACUUUUCAUCUUGCAACACGAAAAUUCCUGGAGAAAGAAGUUUUUAAAAGUGAUUAUUACAAUAAAGUUCCUGUUAGCAAAAUUUUAGGCAAAUGUGUGGUCAUGUUUGUCAAGGAAUAUUUUAAAUUGUGCCCUGAAAACUUCAGAGAUGAGGAUGUCUACGUUUGCGAGUCGCGCUAUUCUGCGAAGACAAAGUCUUUUAAAAAGAUUAAAUUGUGGACUAUGCCUGUGAGCUCUGUCAGAUUUGUCCCACGAGAUGUUCCCCUGCCUGUGGUCAGAGUGGCUUCUGUGUUUGCCAAUACAGACAAAGUAGAUGAGGAGAAACACAGUGAAACACUGGAGGACAGUAAGGUGGGAGAAAGUAUCCUUCAUCUUGAAAAGGACAAAGAAGAUGUUCCAGUAGAAAUGUCCAAUGGGGAACCUGGUUGCCAUUACUUUGAGCAGCUCUGCUACAAUGACAUGUGGCUGAAAGUUGGGGACUGUGUCUUCAUAAAAUCUCACGGGUUGGUGCGGCCUCGUGUAGGAAGAAUUGAGAAGAUGUGGGUACGAGAUGGAGCUGCAUAUUUCUUUGGUCCAAUCUUUAUACAUCCUGAAGAAACUGAGCAUGAGCCAACGAAAAUGUUCUACAAGAAGGAAGUGUUUUUGAGUAACUUGGAAGAAACCUGUCCCAUGACUUGCAUUUUGGGAAAGUGUGUCGUUCUGUCAUUCAAAGACUUCCUCUCCUGCAGACCAACAGAAAUCUCCGAAAAUGAUGUUUUUCUUUGCGAGAGCCGCUACAAUGAAAGCGACAAACAAAUGAAGAAAUUCAAGGGGUUGAAGAGGUUUUCACUGUCUGCAAAAGUUGUAGAUGAUGAAAUAUACUAUUUUAGAAAACCCAUAGUUCCUCAGAAGGAGCCAUCUCCUCUACUGGAAAAGAAGAUUCAGCAGCUGGAAGCAAAAUUUGCUGAGUUGGAAGGAGGUGAUGAGGACAUGGAAGAGAUGGGAGAAGAGGAAGGUGAUAUGACUGAAACACCUUCUAUGCCUCAGCUUCAGGCCCCCUUAGCCAGUGAUUUGGAUAUAAUGCCUUAUACUCCACCACAGUCCACUCCCAAGUCUGUUAAGGGCAGCACCAAGAAGGAGGGAUCAAAAAGGAAGAUCAACAUGAGUGGGUACAUCUUGUUUAGCAGCGAGAUGAGAGCUGUGAUUAAAGCUCAGCACCCUGACUACUCCUUUGGAGAGCUCAGCAGACUUGUAGGAACUGAAUGGAGAAACUUGGAAGCAACAAAAAAAGCAGAAUAUGAAGAGCGGGCAGCUAAAGUUGCUGAGCAGCAGGAGAGAGAGCGAGCAGCACAGCAGCAGAAUUCCUCCCCCCGGGCAGGCACUCCUGUCGGGGCUCUUAUGGGGGUGGUGCCGCCACCAACACCAAUGGGAAUGCUCAAUCAGCAGUUGACACCCGUUGCAGGCAUGAUAAGUGGCUAUCCACCGGUGCUGCCACCUUUGCAGGGCCCAGUUGAUGGCAUUGUUAGCAUGGGCAGCAUGCAGCCACUUCACCCAGGGGUGCCACCACCCCACCAACUCCCGCCAGGUAUGCCAGGCAUCCCAGGCAUCCCACCACCCGGUGUUAUAGGCCAAAAUGUGUCCCCCAUGGUAGGCACUCCAGCACCAGGAGCAAGUCCUUUUGGACAGCAGAUCGGGAUCCUGGGCCCGCCGGGCCAGCAGGCGCCCCCGCCGUACCCCGGGCAGAGCCCUGCCAGCCAGCCCGUGAUGCAGCAGCCCAGCACCCCCAUGUUUGUCUCCCCUCCACCAAAGACACAGAGGCUCCUCCAUUCUGAAGCCUACCUGAAAUACAUCGAGGGGCUCAGUGCCGAGUCAAACAGUAUCAGCAAGUGGGACCAGACCCUUGCAGCGCGGAGGCGAGAUGUGCACUUGUCCAAGGAGCAGGAGAGCCGGCUGCCCUCGCACUGGCUGAAGAGCAAAGGGGCUCACACCACCAUGGCCGACGCGCUGUGGCGCCUGCGGGACCUGAUGCUGCGGGACACGCUGAACAUCCGCCAGGCCUACAACCUGGAGAACGUGUAGGCACGGCACACGCCUGCCAGGAGCUCACGGGACAAUAGCUGGUUUAGGUACUCGGUGGGAAGAGAGAACCAACAAUAAUUUGUAUUGCAUUUUACUGUACAUUGCAAGACCAUUUUUAUAUAAGGACACUUUUAAUAAGCAUAUUUCACUUUUUGUUAUAUUAAGUUGACUUUAUCAAAUACACGGAUUUUUUGCAUAUGUUUCCUUUGUUUGAACGGCGAUUUCAUAAUUGGUUGAGUGUAGUCAAGGAUUCAUCUUUCUUAUACUUUAUUGCUGAGAAUCUGAUGCCAUUGUUUUUAUAUUAAAAAAAAAAAAAAGGAAAACAAAGUAUUUACAGAUUGAUACAGUGGAAUGUGAAUUAGUCAUAGUUUACAUCCUAUAAGAAUGUGUGUACCUGUGCUUGUGUGUGUGCUGGCCGCUUUGGGCAGAGCCGCUCGGGUGUCAACAGGGAGGAUCUCUUAGAAGAAGCUAAAGGUAAGAUGUGCUUUGGCACUAAGGAAAAUUGGAAUUCCAAGUCAACCCUGAGGUGGCUGAGUGGGCCACAGCAGCCCUGGAAGUGCUGGUAUGGACGGGACAGGGGUGUCUCGACUGCUCAUGUUGUCCAGUCCUGUCCAGUUAUUUAACUGUGUAGCCAAGGCCAUUGUGAUCCUGAAUCAGUAACAGUCCCUGUGCUGGCAGGCCCUUAGAGGGGAAGUGUUUCACUGCCAUGCCCUGUGCUGGGGGUUCUGUGAUGUCCCCCACACCCAGAGUGGGGCAGGGAAGCUCCUUCCCUGAAGGAAGCUUCCUUCUGUGCCGGAACCGCAGAACUGGGAACCAGCCCAGGUCUUGGAAGGUAAGUUAGGGGAGAAAAGUCGACUUGUUCUGUUAGUGAAGUAAUGUGACUUUUUUUUUAAAAUUCACACAUACUCUGUUCAUGAUUGGGCAUUGUAAGACAUUUUUGUAUGCUUUCUUUAAGUGUAUUAAUUAACCUUAGUGAAAGUUUUGCAAUGCAAAUUUGAGUGAAAUUUGAUGCUUAAAUUAACUUGACAGUAAAAUACUACUGUAUGGUGUGGUAUGUGUAAGGUCAGCAUACCCAGUACAUUGGAGAAAUAGAGUACUUGCAUUGCAGCCUUCAAAGGGUUUGGGUUUG